AUGUUGAAAGAUAUGCUGAGAGCGAGUGUUUUGGACCAACCUGGAAGUUGGGACCGCUACAUGCCAUUGGUGGAGUUUGCGUACAACAAUAGCUUUCAUGCGAGCAUUGGGAUGGCUCCGUAUGAGGCUUUGUAUGGACGGAAGUGCCAGUCUCUGCUUUGUUGGAUUUUGACUGCUCAGAGUCGACAAAAGAGUUAUGCAGACCAGAGAAGAAAAUCGUUGGAGUUUGAAGUGGGAGAACAUGUGUUUCUACGAGUUACCCCCACAGUUGGGAUUGGAAGAGCAAUCAACACCAAGAAGUUGAAUCCGAGGUAUAUUGGACUGUUUCAGAUCCUAAGGCGUUUCGGGCCGGUGGCAUACCAAGUGGCUUUGCCACCUCACCUAUCUAACCUACAUGACGUGUUCCACGUGUCACAACUCUAUAAGUACACGGCGGACGCGACUCAUGUGUUGGAGCAUGAGACGGUUGAGUUGAGGAAAAACUUGACUUUCCAAGUGAGACCGGUCAAAGUUGUUUGGAAGCGAGCAGGAGUUAAAGAGCAUACUUGGGAAUUGGAAUCCGAGAUGCGAAAGGACUAUCCUGACUUUUCUCAGAUGCAGAUCGCAACCCACCUCGGUGACUUGUCUGGUUGGUGA